GCGCUGCGCCCAUCCAUGGCCGUCUUCACCGCCCGUACAAAACGUUAUCGGGACUUUAUCGAGGUUCAACAUCGUCUCAGCGCGGGAAACAAAAAGAAAUCACCGCCCGGUCCGCCCGGUCCGCCCGUUAUGGAUGAUCGAAUCGAUUCUCUAUCCUUCGAGAUAUGUGCAACAUUCUAGAGGGAGUCUACCGUUGAAUGAGCUCCGAAGAUGGAUCCUACAGGGGCUCUCCGCCCCCUCGACGAAUCUUUACUUCGCGAGCUUCCUCAAUUGCCAGUGCGAAUCGCUCCUUUGCGGGAGCCAGUCUCGUCGCGAACUCUCAGCAUCCCAUCUCCCUUAGAACCAAACGCGAGCGGUGCGAGGGACUCAAGUACUAUUUCCAAGGCUGCCCCAAAUGGCGGAAACCUCCCACCAAACACCAAGGCGGGCCUACCGACGGUGAAGGAGUUCCUCAACGCGGCGAGAACUAAAAAGGCCGAGUCCGCUACGACAGAUCCCCAAUCGAAUGUGGAACCACCACCCAAACCUAUCCUCCCCGCAUUUGUAAAUCUCCGUGCUCUAGAACGCUUCCAAUUCUCCUCCUCUUUCGACGACGACGCCCUCCACGGACCGCGCAAACGUCGGCGCUUAGACCUGCAGGCCGAGUCUUUCAGCGAACACUUGCAGCUACCCAUCCCUCAAGCCCAAAAAGAGCAACGCCCACCGCCCUUUGGCCCUUUUGCUAUUCUCAAUGGAUUGAAUGAGCCGCCGCCAAAUGCUGCUCUUCUGCCGCCAAUUGAGGCUGGCUCCUCUAUCUCCCAGCUUCUGACAAAGCCUUCUCAGCGGAGUGGUACGGCCGUGGAUACUGGCAAUCCGAUAUCCACAAUUGGUACCAUCGGCACCACUGCUGAAGCGCAGACUGUAGAAAGAAGAGAAGCGAGGAUUGAGGAGCUUCUUGACGCAACCCUUGAUGACACUAACAAUGAUGACGACGACCAUGAUCAAGACCUUGUGCAACAAUUCAAUCAAUAUGAUAACCCAGAUACAUCCAGAUCAGACCGGGGAGCAGAGCUUCUUCAGGAUGCUGGGGCUAUGCCUCAUCCUGCUCCGAUGGCUGAUGAGGAGCCCAUGUCUCCCAGGACGCGGGGCCGAUCUCGCAAAAACUUGAGAAAAUGGACUGAUGAAGAGACGACGGCUCUGCUCCGAGGUGUGAUCAAGUGUGGUAUCGGCAAUUGGACGGCAAUCCUUGCACAGCCAGAACUCAAGUUUAACAAGAGAACAGCCUCGAACUUGAAAGACAGGUUUCGAGUUUGUUGCCCCUGGGCCUAUCGUGCUUCUGAUCCCAAUGAAGCCACGAAGCAACUGCGAGAUCAGCUUGCCAACGCCCUCCUUAAAGCUCAAGCAGAUGGCUCUGCCAACAGGCCUGGUGAGAUCCAACUACCAGACCGAAACCUUGUCAACGCUGGGUCUGAGCCCAGCUCUAGCCAUGGGAGUACCCCUGGCAGCUCGCAUACUUCAUCUGCAUCUAGCAUGUCAGCCGGCACACCAGACACAGAACACGGAGGUGUCAUCACUCCACAGCACGGGUCUCCUUCAAGGAAGAGCCAACCGAUAGCCCCUGAGCAGUCCCAAUCAACCCUAGAAUCCCUAGGUCUCCCAGAAGCACACGUUGCAACGAAACUCAAAAGACGUUCGCGCCGCCCAUUCACCACUGCCGAGGACGAGGCACUGCUCAAGGGCUACGCCGUGCACGGCUUUCAGUGGACUCUGAUUCAACAAGACAAGCGACUGAAUCUCGGUCACCGCAGAGCAACCGACUUGCGGGAUCGUUUCCGAACAAAGUUUCCACACGCAUACCGCGAUGGGGGCUCGGUCAAUGGCAAGGCCAUCAAUACACAUGCUUCAGGCCAGCCUCUGACAGCCAGUACAUCGGGGUCUUCUUCUCAGAACCGGGAUUUGAGUAACGAGUCAACCCCCACAAAGGCCCAGCCCACAGGCCACCGUCGACCCAAGUCUCAUAGCCGUAAUCCUUCCAGUGUCUCAAAUGCCAAUGCUGUACCACUGGAAUCGGCAUUCUUGCCCCCGCCACAAGGAUACUUGGAUCAGUCUACGAACAUGGUACCCGGCACACUCUCAUUCCCGUUGGAUGAUAAUGCCACAGGAGCUCCGUCGCCUUGGGAGGAUAAUACGCUCGCGCCCAUGGUUUGGGAUGAUCUCGGCUAAAAGUACAAUGCUUAAGGGAAAUUUUUUUCCCACACAACAGAUCUUUGUAAUGAGUGAUGAUCCCUUUUCACAUGUAGGGUGUUGAUUUGUCCUUGCUAUUUUCACUUGAUAUCCCGCAGUGCACGAUGGCUCUCAUUCAGGACCCUAUGUUUUGGAAAAGUUGACACUCAAUUUGGAAUUCAAACAUUCAAUCUGUCUCAAUUCUUCGGUUUUAGCGUAGUCAUUUGCUUGCUGCCAGUAUUCAAUAUGCAGAAUGGAGGUUCCCAUAAAAAGCCACACAGGGAGGGAACAUCAGACACUCGGGACGAACCCCAUUUUAUCAGCCUCGAAACAUGGGCAUGAGAUUCCUGUGGAUGAGAAAGGCUCAGUGUCCAGGCUGCUUCCAAUUCCCUCCAUUGAUACCAGGACGAUGAAUGAAGAAUAGACAAGUGCGGAACAAGAUCGGAUAUCAAACUAUUGAACCAAGCGCAUGAUGAGUGACCAAAUAGCAUACACCUGUCAGUUCCUUUUGUGGAGACACCAAUCCUGCGAUAGAAACAGGAGAAAAACAAUAAAACUCGGGAAAACAAAAACAAAAAGGCACAUCGCUCAAGUUGCUGAGUAGAUGGAAAAGGCAAGAAAUAAUCACAAAGGAAAGUCGGGCACGUGAUGCUCUACAAAUCUACCACGCAUUGCGGUCCCAGUUGGGAUCUAAAUAUCCAGCAUAUCGUCAGCUAAUACUCGGAGCCAGAACUCGGAAUUGAAAGAAAAAAAGGCGAAGAAAUAUAUGCACGCACCCUGUAUGAAACUGGCCAACACCUUACUUCCCGUCUGCAGCAGCGGGUGACCCGCAACAAUCUGCAGGAACCGCUGAAGCCCCUCGCGUCGGUGCUCAAUGACGUCGUCGCUGAACCGGUUGGUAAACACCUUGCCCGGUAGUGGGGGGAUUGUCACGCGCGUGCUCUCGCGCUCUAGGAUAUCACGAAAGUACUCGAAAUCAGAGUACCGGCGGCGCACGACGGAGUGCUUGAGUUUGAAGGCGGGAAUGUUGGUUCGGCAGACGAUCUCGUAGGAGGUGUACAUGUUGCGGGAGGUUCCGUGAGUUUGAGGGUUGCGUACCUAUUGGAUCAAGUUAGAAAUGGAAUAAGGAAUGGUGCUGUGCGUGCGAGUCGUGUGUGUGGAUUGGGGAUAUCACUAGAGCUUGG